UAUAGUUUUGAUCCUUUUUCAGCAGUUUUGUCUUAAAAUAUAACAUUUACACAUAUUGAAGUAUAUAUACUUAGAUAUAGAUAUUAAAACUCGCAAGCAUUUUGAGUCGGGCGCCAAAUCGCCAUCCUGAACAUCGGAGCAGACGACGCAAAGACAAAGCUGUGUGUAAAGGAUUUCAGCAUCACAACUACCUGGGACAGCAAAUCUGUGACACAUCCACCUGUGCACAUCACUUUAAAGCCUGACCCAGCAGGCAUGAGAGUUGAUGUGCAUGGACCCUUUUUUAAAAGCCCUUCUCCACCAAUUGCUGCUGCAGGGCAGGCAUGUCCCCAGCUUUGGGACUAUGAAGUGGUGGAGGUCUUCUUUCUGAACGCCAAGGACCAAUACGUUGAAGUAGAGCUGUGCCCUCACGGUCAACACCUGGUGUUGCUGCUCAACGGCCGACGAAAUAUCGUCAAGGACAUGCUACCACUGGACUUCAAGGCUGAAACUCAAGAAACGGAGUGGCGGGGUAGCGCUGUGGUGCCGUCAGCAUACUUCCCUCCCGGUGUGAACAGAUUCAACGCAUUUGCCAUACACGGAACAGGAAUCGACAGGGUGUACGAAGCUCUGUACCCCGCAACUCAGCCCCAUUCUUCUCCAGAUUUUCACCGCCUGGAAUAUUUCUCUACCAUCGACAUUAGCCGUAUUUCUCCGGAACUGCUGGCAACAGAACCCUCACAUGUAUGGAAGCCUUUUCCAGCAAUCAGAGAAUAAACGGGCUUUAGUGAGA